GUGCGGUGAUGCUGAUCGUUUGGUAAACUGUAACAGGAGCGGGCAGCGUCAACAUAGAAGCCCAGCACGAGCGACUCAACUGAAUUGUAGCGCACGUAAAACUACAGCAGUCUAGAAGUGCUUAGUAUACAAGACGGACACCGUGCUGAAGCAUUUGCUGGGGAUAUUCCUCUUAGAAUGAGGUUUGCUUACAAAAAACUACACACAGCGGAGGAUGGAGAAGACUCGGUGGUUUCUUCACACUUUAAAAAUCCUUUCGUGCACGAGUUAAGAUUUACUCCUUUGCAGAAACUCAAGAUAGCCAUAAUGACUGUGACACUCUUUCCUGUGCGCUUGCUGUUUGCUGCAUUCAUGAUGUUGCUGGCCUGGCCCUUUGCGUUUGUGGCUACAGUUGGCUGCUCUGAUGACACAGUCGAGCAUCUCUCCUGGUGGAGAUGGCUGGUGGAUUUGGCCCUGAAGGCUAUCAUGAGAGCCAUGUGGUUUUCUGGAGGCUUCCAUUGGGUCUGUGUGAAAGGACGGCCAGCUCUUCCCAGUGAAGCGCCCAUCCUCACAAUGGCCCCCCACUCAUCCUACUUUGAUGCGAUACCUGUCACUAUGACAAUGGCCUCUAUAGUGAUGAAGGCAGAGAGUAAAAACAUUCCAGUCUGGGGCACUCUUGUUAAAUUCAUUCGGCCUGUGUUUGUGUCCCGCUCGGAUCAGGACUCUCGGAGGAAGACCGUUGAGGAGAUCAGACGCAGAGCUUGUUCUGCUGGCGAGUGGCCUCAGAUCAUGAUAUUUCCGGAGGGCACAUGCACCAAUAGAUCCUGUCUCAUCGCAUUUAAGCCUGGUGCAUUCAUCCCUGGAGUUCCUGUACAGCCUGUACUGUUGCGUUAUCCCAACGAGAUGGAUACAAUCUCGUGGACAUGGCAAGGACCUGGAGCGUUUAAGAUUCUGUGGCUCACCUUAUGCCAGCUACAUAACUUUGUAGAAAUCGAGUAUCUUCCAACAUACACCCCAUCAGAGGAGGAGAAGAGGGACCCAGCAUUGUUUGCCAACAAUGUGAGGCGCAUCAUGGCUAAGGCACUGGGGUUGCCCAUAAUGGAUUAUUCAUUUGAAGAUUGCCAGCUUUCUAUGGCCAAAGGCCCUCUAUGUUUGCCCAGACACACGUGCUUGUUGGAGUUUUCCAGACUGGUACGGUGUUUAAGACUAAAGACAGGGGUCACAGAUGAAGUCCUGUAUGAGGAAGCCACCCGGGCCAGGAAUAUGAGUGGAACCAGACUGGAUGUGGAGGGCUUUGCUCAGUACAUAAACCAACCCGUGAAUGAAGCAGUCCAGGAUAUCUUCUCACUGUUUGAGGAGCAUGGUGAGAUGGAUGUAAGAGAGUAUGUCAUCGCAUUGUCUGUAGUCUGUAGACCUUUCAGAUAUCUGGAGACCAUUAAACUGGCCUUCAGGAUGUUUGAAGCACAAGAGGACGGAGCUGUUAUAGAAGAUGAAUUGGCUGUCAUUCUGAAAACAGCUCUUGGAGUUGGAGAGGUCACUGUUAGUGAUCUUUUCAGGGCCUUAGAUUGUCAAGACAAAGGGAAGAUUACAUUUGAUGAUUUUUUCCGGUUUAUGGAGAAAUGUCCAGAUUUUGUGAAUCAGUACCACUGUCUCCAUGAGCAAGCCUCUCAUCACUCCACAGAAUCUGCAUUACCCUCAGUGUCUCAGCCUUCAACUAAUGGCUUUUGUGCUGACUUCAGCCCUUGUGAUACAAACACUCCCUAUGCUUUACAUGGCAAGAAGCAGGACUGAACACAGCUUUUUCUCAUCACAGCUUGUCACCCUCUGUGUGUGGGGGACUUUUUUUGCUUGUGUGUGUGUGUGUGUGUGUACUACUGUGUGUACAGAUAAUAUAUAAAAGUUGAGUCUGAAUUUGCAUCUGGGAAAAUUACUAUGGGGAUUUUUCUAUUCAAAAUCUUCUAUUUAUAUUUUUUAUUCCCUUGAAGCAGUUUUACUUGUCUCCAGGGCUGUUCUUUUUUGAAUGACAUUAGAAAUUGAAACCAAAUACUGACAGAAUUUUAAUGCUUUGUGUUUUAUUUUUUGUUAAGAGAUUUAUUUUACCAUUUUUUUUCUAUAUAAAGUGUAAUUUGGUUUAUAACACACGUGUGUGUGAUUUUUAAGUACAAACUUGUCUUGGCUUAUGUUCAUCAUGCUGUUAAGGAACAUUGAAAGCAAACAAAAAUACAAAUAAAAUGAUGCCUGUUACUACAGGUACAGUACCAUGGUGUGCUUGAAUGGUUAAAGAGCAUUUGAGUGAACCUGAAAAUGUGUCUGGUUCUACAUGAAAGGAAUGCUUCCAUCAAUACAACAUUCUUUACAGUAGAGAUUUACCUCUCACAGACUUAUUUUAUAAUGCUAUUGCCUAUUGUUUUAAUUGAAUUUCCUACAAAUGCAUUUAAAUGAAAAUUGUUUGUUGAGAACAGAGGUAUGAUGAAAUAUGUUUGCAGUACUUUUUGAGAUGGGUUAAAGUGAUUAUAUUUCUAAACACUUAAGUUUAAAAAGAAACUUAUAUUAUAAUGGUACCAUACAUUUCAUACCUGCAGCCUGUCUUAUUUAAAAUCACAGGACAACAAAUCAAAUUAAGUCCAUAUUAAACUGUCAACUAGCACAAAACAAUGCAGUUUUGUCCCUCAAA